UCAUUGAUCUGCCUCACUCUCUAGUCAUGAGCUGUGGCGACGAUGUGGUUCCUCCUUCUUCUCCUCCACACUGCUCACAUUGAGGCGGUGAUCGCGCAAGGCAAGAGUGAGAAUAGGCUGAUUCUAAAGAAUGGAAGCAACCCGUGUGAAGGCUACAUUGAAAUCUACGUUAAAGGCGAAAGGGGCCAUGUUGGAGAGAAAUACUGGAGCCAGAACACUGACAAAGUGGUGUGCAGGAGCACUCACUGUGGGGAACCUGUGAAGGACAGCACAACAGAGGCUGUGCAAUGGCCCAUUGAGCAGAUGUUGCUCAAUGAAGUGAACUGCACUGGAGAGGAGGACCAUCUGUGGGAAUGUCCUCAUCCUGGUUUUAAAGUCAGCAGUCACCGAACGGGAAAACAUAGAAAGAUCGAAUGUUCAAAUACAAUCAAAAUCAGCCUGGAUGGAUUUAAAUGUGCAGGAGCUGUCAAGUACUCCACAGAUGGGGGACAAACUGAUUCAGGUUACUUUUGCGGUGAUACAGGCUGGGGAAAAAAGGAAGCCGAUUUUUUGUGUAAAAACCUUAAGUGUGGUACAUCCAAGGAGACUUCGAACAACUGGAUGGAUGAGAGGAAAUUCACAAACCCAAAGACGAUCAAUUGUUCAGACCUUCAAAAAAUAGAUAAUCUGUGGCAGUGUGUCACUGAGGAAUCAAGGUCGUGCAACAAUCCUGCUUCUGUCAUAUGCACAGGUCAUGACAAACUGCGACUCAAAGGAAACGCAUCAAAUGUCAAAGGAAAAGCAUCAAAUGUGUGUUCUGGGCGGCUGGAAAAAGAGGAAAAUGGCGAGUGGAAUCCUGUUAAAAACAACACCAAUCCUGAUGUGUGGUGCCAGCAAAUGCAUUGUGGUAUGACGGCCCACAGUUGGGACAACGGCACACUGACAUGCACAGACAAUGUUACAGUAGUUCUGAUGGACAAUAACAAACCCAGCACCUGCUACGGUGAAGUUCACAUUCAAGUGAAUGGCCAAAGUCGGGCCGUGUGUGACACCACCUGGACCAAGAAGGAGGCUGAAGUGGUUUGCAGGGAGCUAAACUGCGGCAGCGUGAUUAGUUACCAGAAGAAUGAUGUGAAGACAUUUACGAGAGAAGGGAUAAUGGACAAUGUGAACUGCUUUGGCGAUGAAUCCUCACUGUGGCACUGUAAAGCCAAGCGUUACAACAACCGUGUCCAAUGUUCCUCCGUUGCUUAUGUAGUCUGUGCAGGAAGUAUAGAAGUGGAUUUGUUUGACGGUCCUGGUAAAUGUGCUGGGAGAGUGGAGAUCCAGCAUGAGGGUAAAUGGCACAGGGUCAAUGAAGUUGGAUGGACAUCUGACAAUUCAGACGCUGUCUGCAAACAACUGAACUGUGGGAGUAGAAGAGUUCUCCCUACUCCUGAAAAAUUCAGCCAGGGUUCAAAUGAUUUUCUACGCAAAACUGUAAAAUGCAAUUCAGAUGCCAAACAUAUAUCUGAGUGUAUUCCAGAAGCUAACUUACCCGUCCCAACCAAGAAUCUGGUAGCAGUAGGAAUAACCUGUGAGGAGCACAAGGUGGUAUUUCUGAAAGGAGAUAAUUCCUGUUCUGGCCUGGUGGGGAUAGAGCACGGCCCCAAAACCUACUGGCUCUCCGGCUCUAACGAGACAUGGGACCAAAACUCUGCCAACACAGUGUGUCGGCAGAUGCACUGUGGGAAUGCCUCAAACCAUAGCUCCAUCUCUAGACCUGAUUUGAUGAAAGAUGUUUGGAAUGUAUCUUACAGCUGCUUAUCCAACUCCACAUCUCUGUUGGACUGUGAAAACACAACACCGCCAUCAAACCACGGUGAUACUAUUGCCACUGUGACAUGCUCAGGAAAAAUCGAGGUGAAACUGACCAAUGAGUGUUGGGGGUAUGUCAAGGUUUGUGCAGAUGGAGAGUGUGGAGAUGUGUGUGCAGACACCUGGACAGACCAAAAGUCUGGAAUGCUGUGUAAAAACCUGGGCUGUGGGGAUAUGAUAUUCCCAGUUCCCAACCCCAAGGCCAAUACUAAAGAGAGUAAGGUGCUCUUUAAGGGUUUGCACACUACAAACCACAUGACCAACCUGAGCCAGAGCAACUUCAUUAAAAAUGAAAAUAAUUACGUCUGUAACCCUCGCCAAGCCUAUGUUGUUUGCUCAGGUAGUGUCAAGUCCAAAUUUUCUUCUUCCAGAGACAAAUGUUCUGGAAAUGUGUUGGUGGAGUAUGAAGGCCAGUGGCUCCCAGUUUGCAACACAGCUCUUGAAAACAUCAACACACAAAAGGCCAUCUGUGGGGAACAAUGUGGUGUGCCUGGAAACCCCAUUCCUUACUUCGGACCUGAAUCAACAGAGGAUCGUGUCAUUUCAGAAAUAAAUUGUGGGGAAGACAAGAAGUCAAUAACAGCAUGCAAUGUCACAACCAGUUCUAAGGGCUGCCUACAUGGUGGUCUUCAAUGCUCCAACUGGCGUAAGAUGGCGCUGCCUGGAGGAAUGGCCUGCAGUGGAGCUGUGGCUGUUCACUCAAAGAACGGAAUCAGUGCUAUUUCCACUGAAGGUUGGACAGAAAAAGAGGGGGAGAUGCUUUGUCAGAAUCUGGAGUGCGGCAAUUUCAUGUCAAAUAGGACAACUACAUCGGGCAUUAACUCGAUCACAAGCUUCAGCUGUGCAGGUGUGAAGAAUCCAGAAAACAUCUGGGAAUGUGAAAAGCAAACAUCAGACCCACAGAAGCAGCUCUUUCUCAAAUGUCAAGAUGAGCCCACUAUCACCCUAUCAAACAAAUGUCAUGGUGAAGUGAAGAUAAAUGACGUUGCGGUGUGCGCCACUAACUGGAAAAACGAAUAUUCACAAAUGGUUUGCCAAGAACAGAAUUGUAGCAACGCUAUUGCUGGUAUAUCUGGUGAUAAACUGGCUAAGGCAAAUGGAAAGUACUACCAUGUCAGCUGUGAGGACAAACAUAAUGAACUUGGCCAGUGCAAGAGAUUCAUGGGAGAGUGUAAAAAAAACCUGGUGUCUGUUUACUGUGUUCACAAUGUUAAGUUUAACACCACCGAACAUUGUGGAGGUCAGAUUGAAGUCAGCUAUGGACUUGGAUGGAAAAAAGUGUGUCCCUUGAAAUCAUUCUCCAAGAAACAUAAGGAGAUGCUGUGUAAAGAACUUGAUUGUGGUUUUCCUAAUGAAAGCAUAACUAACAACAAAAAAGAGGCCCUUAAAUUGGAAACAUCGCUGGAGUGCACCGAACAUAACCAGGACAUCAGAUACUGUGUGAAGCAAAGAACUUGUACAAAUGUCCAACCAGCUGAGAUCUACUGUGGCGGGUAUGUGCCCCCAAAGAGAAAAGGUCCUGAACCAACUAAGCCCAACAUACUGCCUAUCAUCCUGGGCGUAGGAUUUCUUCUGGUUCUGGUCAUACUGAGUGUUGUAUUUGUACGGAUCUGCAUUGUCAAGAAAGCCAAAAAAAAAGCCAUGAAUUUCUCGUUGAGAAAACUGUCAAGAACAGAAGUGGAGUUUGAAAGUGGAGACUAUGAAGAUGUUAAAGACAAUGAAAUGGAGGACUUUAGCCUUAGCAGAUUCAAAUCAGAGACUGAAGUCAUCACGGAGAACGACGCACAGAGCACUUCCUCUUUUCCCUACGAUGAUAUUGAUGAGGCUCAACCUAUGACUGCUCAGGCCGCCACUGAUGCUGACUCAAGAGACUACAUCAAGAAGGGUGACCCCGAUGAAAGCACAGAUGGGGUGACCUACGAGGUGGAGGACCCGCAGGAGAGUUACGAUGACAUCGAAACCUGCCCUAAAAUCACUCAAACCGAGGCUGAAGUCCACAACAGCCCUCAAACAACACCUGAAAGUGACGCAAAGGCACCUCAAGGAUUAGUGCAGGGGGAUGAGGACUACCUAGUGCCAGGCCAGGACGGGUGAGCCACAACUAGGUUUAAAGGAUGCAAAAAAACAUUUAAAUCUGGCAAAGUAGACCCCGCCCCCAAAACUUGGCUACCAUUUACAAAAACAUACUCAAAAAGUCCAAAUUAUAGUCAAACAACAUUACCGUAGAGAAG